AGGCGAGGCGAGCGGGGAAGCUCCACCCCCCCCCGCCAGGACAAGUUUGGGUCUCCUCAGGAGUAAGGCCCGCUGGGCCCGGCGGGGCUUGCUUCCAGGGUAAAUGGGUUUGCAUGACAUUUUCCAUGAACUAAGGCAGUUCCAUGUCUUGUUUGGACUGUUCCUGUAUUCUACGGACACGAAUUGAAUCCAUUGGAGCAGAAAAGCAAUCAGAAGGCAGCAGCACUCAAGACUUGACAGAUGAACCUGCUUUAUAUUGGGGACAAUCAGCUCAAAGAGGAGAUGAAGAAAUAUCAUGGUCCUCUGAUGUAUCCCAUUAUGAUAUCCAGGUGGAAAUAGGAAGGGGAUACAGCAACUUAACUUCAAUCUACCUCGCACGUCAUAUCCCUACAGGAACACUGGUGGCUGUAAGGAUUACAGAUCUGGAAAGAUGUUCUGAAGAACACUUGAAAGCUUUACAAAAUGAGGUGGUUUUAUCCCAUUCCUUUCGACACCCCAAUAUCAUGACUCUUUGGGCAGUGUUCACUGCUGGAAGCUGGCUUUGGGUUAUUUCUCCUUUCAUGGCCUACUGUUCAGCCAGCCAUCUACUGAGGACUUAUUUUCCUGAAGGCAUGAGUGAAGUGUUGAUAGGAAAUAUCCUGUUUGGAGCAAUCAGCGGGUUAAACUACAUGCAUCAACAUGGCUACAUUCACAGAAGUAUUAAAGCUAGCCACAUACUGAUUUCAGGGGAUGGCCUGGUGUAUCUUUCUGGAUUAAACCAUCUUUGCAGCCUAGUGAGCAGUGAGAAACGGUUAAAAGCUGUGUAUGACUUCCCCCAGUUCAGUGCAUCAAUGCUUCCCUGGCUGAGUCCUGAACUACUGAGGCAGGAUAUGUAUGGCUAUAAUGUGAAGUCUGACAUCUAUAGUGUGGGCAUUACAGCAUGUGAACUAGCUAAUGGGCAUGUACCUUUUCAGGAUAUACCUCGGACGCAGAUGCUGCUGCAGAAGCUGAAAGGUCCCUCUUAUUGUCCUUGGGCUAUAAAUACUUUUCCACGUGGUGAAUCAAGGAUAAAAAAUUCUCGAUCAGGGAUUGACUCUGGAAUUGGUGAAAGUAUGACACACACAAUGACAAGUGAUAGAUUGCAGACUCCACCAAAAACUUUCUCCCCAGCUUUCCAUAACUUGAUAGAACUCUGUUUGCAACAGGACCCAGAGAAAAGGCCAUCAGCAAGAGGGCUCCUGUCACAUGCUUUCUUCAAGCAGGUAAAAGAACAAACAAAGGGUUCUUUACUUUCACUGCUGCCUCCUGCCGUCCAACAUGUCCAGCCACAGAUGCCAACAGUGUGUUCAGCAGCCAUCUGUAAGACUGGAUGCACUUUGCCAAAUGAGAGAGAGAUGUACUGGGAAUUCUAAAGAUACUAAAUCAUACCUCUGACAUCUCUCUCGAGGAAAAAAUGUGAUUUUCAUCGCUGCUUUUUCCUUUUCAUGUUCAAAAUACAAAUAUUAGUUAUAUACUUGAAAAUGUUAAAAAAUUUGUGCCAAUAAUUUAUAUGAAGAGGAAAAUGCUUCCAAAGUGGUACUACAGAAUGCAGUAACCCUCACUUCUUGAAUUACCAUAAAUGUCUACACUUUCUCAAGCAUCUCCCAUCCAUUCUUACCAAUGAAUUGCAAUGGUGCAUAUUUUAGCCUGGUAUAUCUAUGCCUUUACUGCCUCAGAAGUGCUAAUCUAAAAUACUGUUUCCCUUCUCUCAGCUUGUGUGUCUGUGUGUGUGUGUGUGUGUGUGUACUGUUCAUCACAUAUAAAAACUUUUUAAAAGUAAUGCCUAUUCCUACUUAAAAAACUGGUGUGCAAACCACUGUGAGCUUUGCAUGCCACCUACCCUCCAACAGUUGUUGGGGUAGCCAUUACUGAUGCCUGGAGAUAGCUGUGAUCUUUAAUGCAAGGUAUCUUUUUACAAAACCUAAUCAAGGGAGAAUAAUUUGCAUAACAGCAUUAAAACAGUAGUUUGAGACUACUUGAUUAUAUUAUUUAAAAAGAGAUUGCUUAAUAGACCCGCAGCUCUAAUUGGAAUGCAGUGCCUUGGGCUCACAUCUCACUAGCCUUUAAAAAGGCAACAUCUCAAGUUGAAUACUGUUGCACCAGCGAGGAAAAGGAAUCCAUGUGGCAUACAGAAGAUCCAUUGAAUGGAAGUAUGGCUUUAAUACUGAUUAUGGGAGUACAUGACUGUUGGAGGUAUACUGCUGCAAACACUAUUCUAGGAAGCAAUAGAUGCUUAAAUGAGAUGGACAUGCCUUGCAUUUUGUCCUCUCUGUUGUGCCUUUCUUUAAGACAUGAAAGAAUUCCCAAUUACAAACAAGAAGAAGCAAUAUAAAGGCCAGACUGACAAGAAAGAGACCACUUUCUGUUCUUGUUACUCUAGUACUGUGAAUGACUGACUGAACAUGACCUUAACCAAAAUUCUUGCUUUCUGUACAGCAUAUAAUUUUGGGGACAGGGUUUUUAAUACUGAGAUAUUUACAGCUAUAUUUUAUUAAUGUACAUUUUAUUUGAUCAUGUAAAAUAGAUGUUAGCUUAAUU